AUGGCACCAAGGUACGUCAAGUCGCUCAACAUCUAUGUCAAAUACGCAUAUAUGAAGCUAACCGGUGUUCUACAGUCGAAUCGACCAGUCCUCCGGGACUUCGCCUCCGCCCCAAUCCCAGGCCUCACCCUGGACGAAGCCCAUGCAAUGGGUGGUUGUCCUGGCGGUGUUGUCCUUGGUGUCCAGAAGACAGAGCGGCCUCGGAGGAGCCAGAAUCCUCCUGGGGAGAGACCUCCCCUACCAGUGCCGUUGGAUCUGGUAGGUGCCCGAGGAGAACCCGGGACGGAGGCGGCGCCGUCCGAGGUCGCGGAGGUGGAAGAAGAGGAGGAAGAAGGAAGGAGUGAUGUUCACUCCAGCGAGCCCCCAACUCGCUAG